AUGUCUCAUUUAGGAGGCCAUUUCGCGACGGAAUUUGCCCACGAAACAUGGUCUCUGUAUUCUGUUGGCGUACUGAGUGCCGUCCUGCGAUGCGUUGCUCGUAUUCGACGUUUAGGCAUUCGCAAUCUGCAGUCCGAUGACUAUCUUAUGCUAUUCGCAGUAGUCUGGUAUACGGUACUAUGUGUCGCUUUAAAUCAAGUCGCUUCUGGUGGCGGGUCAAAUCUCAUGACUGAAGAGGACAAGCUAUCGUUGACGAAGGAAAGUAUCGAAGAACGAGUACGCGGUAGCAAAUGGGUCUUUGUGUCGGAACAUUCCUUUAUUCUUUGCGUCUGGAGUUUGAAAGCAUGCAUGCUGGUGAUCUAUGCUCGUAUCACUGAAGGAUUGAAGCAGAAACGCUGGAUCAACUAUCUCGCAAUAUACGUUGCAUUAGGAUUUGUCGUAACCGAGCUGUCGCUCUUUCUGCUGUGUCGCCCAUUAUCAGACUACUGGGCCGUCCUCCCAACGCCAGACUACCAAUGCUCCUCCUACCAAUACUACGAAAUUGUACAAGGCUGCAUCUCAAUCUCCGCCGACAUAUUCAUGCUCCUCAUCGCCAUUCCGAUGCUAGUCCAAGUCCGCGUCCCGCUCAAGCAAAAAAUGAUCCUAAUGGUCCUCUUCGGCAUGGGAGCAUUCGUCAUCGUCGCCGCCAUCCUAAACAAAGUGUACUGCCUCGUCCCAUCUCUGAUCUCCUACGUCUACAUGAACUGGUAUUUCCGCGAAGCCACUGUCGCCAUCCUAGUCACCAACCUACCACUGAUCUGGUCACUUCUCCGCGACGUCUUCCCGGCGCUCAAAAGCUGGACUGGAGGCUCGAAGCGCGGCACCGACCGCUACAAAUCCGGACCGUGGACUAGCAAGGGUGGCUCUAAUAUACUUCCCUAUGGCCCGUCCAGUCAUAUCCGAUCAGGAGAUUUCGCCAUGCAGGAAUUUGAGGGCACCACGACGAUUACCCCGCAAAAGGCGACUGCUUCUGAUAUCAGUAUCUCACCCAGCGAGGAGCGCGAUGCGAGCAGUGACGAUGGUUCAGCUCGUGCUUUACGCAUUCGUCAGGAUAUUACCGUUACGGUGCAAAGUGACUCGCGGCCAUCAGGCUAUGAGAUGAAUACUUCGCGUGUUACCCACGCCCGCGAAGAUGUCUAA